AAUGGUCACGUGACAAUCAUAUGACCAAAGAACGAAGAUGACUAGUCCGAAUAUUGCGUCCUGGACGAUUAAUGGUCUUGUUACUGCACCGGUUACGCCAUUUAACGAAAAUGGAAAUGUUAAUUUUGAUUUGUUCGACUCUUAUGCCGGACAAAUAAAAGAUCAUGGUAUAAAGAAUCUAUUUGUUAAUGGAACAACCGGAGAAGCUUUAUCAAUGACUGUUGAUGAAAGAAAGAGUGUAGCCGAGAAGUGGAUGGAAGUUGGAAAGUCUAGAUUCGAGAAAAUUAUUGUUCACGUUGGAACUGGUAAUUAUAUGGAAUCGAUGCAAUUGGCGAAGCACGCUGAAUCUAUUGGAGCGGAUGGAAUCGCUUGUGUAGCUCCUAGUUAUUUGAUCCCUUUGAGGAUGGAAGAUUACGUUAACUAUAUAGCUAAAGUCGCUUCAGCCGCUCCUAAUACGGCGUUUUUCCUAUAUGAUAUCAAUUUCUUGACAGGAAUUAACCUUUCAGUAACGGAAUUCUUUAAAAAGGCUAAAUCGCAAAUUCCAACUUUAAAAGGACUUAAGCACACUUCUCCCCAACUAGAUAGCAUCCACAGAGUACUAACUGAUCAUCCAGAUAUGAUAAUGAUGAUGGGCACUAAUGACCUUUUCCUCGAGGGUUUAGUACUUGGGUGCAAAACUACCAUCUGUGAUAGUUUCCUAGGUCACGUUCUAAGUAAUACAAAGGAGGCGUUUGAUAAGGGUGAUGUAGGUCGAGCAAGAGCAUGCCAAAAGAGGGCAUUAGAUUUAAUGACAGUAAGGAGGCAAAUGGAGCUAACUGUUCCCGGUGGUUCGAAAGCUAUAUUAAGAUGCUUAGGCUUAGCUGUCGGUCAGCCAAGGUUGCCAGUAGCUCCUAUGACGGAGUCAGAAGAAAACCUCUUAAAAGAGUUUCUAAAAGAGAUUGGUUUUUUUGAGUGGUAUAUGGAAAAACUUCAAUAA